AUGUCUAAUAUAGUUGGGAUUGAAUAUAACCGUGUCACUAAUACUACUACUACUGAAUUCCCAGGUUUUUCCAGAGACCAAAGUUUUGCAUGGGAUAUCGAGGAAUUCAAAAAAAAUGCUGAUAUCAGGAUCUCUCAUUUAGAUGAAAGAGAAGCAAACUUUGAUUUGAUCCAUUUUGAUACAUCCAUUGCCAAUGCUUUCCGUCGUAUUAUGAUUUCUGAGGUCCCUUCCGUUGCUCCAGAAUAUGUAUAUAUUUUCAACAAUACCUCCGUUAUUCAAGAUGAGGUCUUGUCUCAUAGAAUUGGUCUUGUACCUUUGAAGGUAGAUCCUGAUAUGCUAACCUGGGUUGAUAAAUCGCUUCCAGAAGCUGAAAGAUUUACAGAUGAAAAUACAAUUGUCAUGUCUUUAAAUGUAAAAUGUACACACAACCCAGAUGCACCAAAAGAUAGCACAGAUCCAACGAAGCUAUACAGAAACGCACAUAUAUACGCCAGAGAUUUGAAGUUUGAACCACAGGGAAAGCAGUUGGAAACGUUUGCUAAAUGUCCUGUGGUACCAGCAGAUCCUAACAUCCUCUUGGCUAAGUUAAGACCUGGUCAGGAAAUAUCUUUGCGAAUCCAUUGUAUUUUGGGUAUUGGCGGUGAUCAUGCGAAAUUCUCUCCCGUUUGCACAGCAUCUUACAGAUUGAUGCCUCAUAUCAACAUUUUAGAACCAAUUACUGGUGAUGAUGCUAAAAAGUUCGUACAAUGCUUCCCAAAAGGUGUUGCAGAUAUCAAUGAAAAUGGCGAAGCCUAUAUUAAGGAUGCUAGGAAGGAUACAGUUUCAAGAGAAGUAUUGAGACACCCUGAAUUUGAAAACAAAGUCAAACUAGGCAGAGUUAGAGAUCAUUUCAUCUUCAACGUUGAAAGUGCAGGUGCUAUGACACCAGAGGAAAUCUUUUUCAAGAGUGUCAGAAUUCUUAAAAAUAAAGCUCAAUACUUAAAAAACUGCCCUAUUGCUCAGUAA